GGGUGGCCUGGCGGCAGGCGAAGACUAAGGAGCGAGAGGCGGCGGCCUGAGGAGCUACAGCCCACUCACCUGCGAAACAGCUGGACUUUGGGUUGAGGGGAGUGGGAGGAUUUGGGCUCCGUCCUUCUUAGGGGGCCCUUUAUUUAGCCGGGGGAGGGCGGAGGGGGUCUGAGGAGCCUCCCUGCCUAGCCAGGAGGUGGGGGUGAGGAUGUAAGUGGGCUAUGAGGAGGGACCGCUGAGGGGGGGUUGCGCCCCCUCCCCCGUUCCCCCUUUGUCCCCAGUUAUAAAAGGCCUUAGGGACCAUCCCCAUAAAAUACCUUAAUGCCUUCUUUCCUCCUUAAGAGGUUAUCAAGUCAAGGGGAUCAGUACCCUCCCUUUUAAGGGGUCUUCACCCCCCACCCCACAUCCUUACUCAGGGUUAUUAUCGUAUCUUCUCCCCGUAUAGAUGUCUUAAUCUCUCGACCCAUUUCAGAGGGUCUUUAAUGCCCCUCUUCUCUGACCCUGACAUUGUAUGGUAACCCCCUCCCCAUCCUGAUUCUCCUUUCUGACCCAGUUGAGGGGAGUUGUCACUGUGUUCCUCUCUUUUAAAAAACUAUUAUUGUUUUAAACCCCUCCCCCCCAUCCACCUGCACCAUUAUUUCCCCCUUGUAGGGGCUUUAUUACAAAUAAAGACAUUAACCAUCUCUUAAAGAUACUCCUUUUUAAAGCUCUUACCCCCCUCCUUCUCUUGUAAAGGUGCUAUAGCCCCCCCCAUGCCAGGUUGCCUUAAAAAUCCCAUGUAUUGCUAUUGCCUGGUGGCUUCCUUCCUUGCAAGCCUUUUGUCUUGGAUAAUCAUAAUUGUUAUUAUUAGUAAAGCACCAAAGGGGACCCUUAAUGCCCCUGUUCUUCUGCAGCUAGCUCUGCACCCCUCCCCUAGGAAUCCUAACCCCACACGCACACAUCUUGACCUGCCCGCAUUCCUUCCUUUCCCCAUGCCAGAAAAAGCAAGUUGCCUUUGGGAAGCCGGAGCAGUCAGCCAGUACCCUCCUACCCCCUUUGCUUGGGGGGGUGGCUCAUGAUGGCAGCUGCCCCCCUUCCUCCCUUGGGGGCAGCCUGGAAAGAGAGGCACAGACUCCCCAAUCCUGCGCCCCGUUCUUCCUAUCCACCAGGCUGGGAGCUGAUGUGAGCUUGGUUUAGCUUUCUGUGGUAGCCCCCCUUUCCCCUUGAUCCUCACCCCCUCCUGCCCUGAAUUUUAAGGGCUUCAUGCCCCCUUGGGGAUGAUGGAGGUGGUGGGGGAUUUUGAAUACUGCAAGAAGGACCUGAUCGGACAUGGAGCCUUUGCUGUGGUCUUCAAAGGUCGCCACCGCAAGAAAACUGAUUGGGAAGUGGCAAUUAAAAGCAUUAACAAAAAGAAUUUGUCUAAGUCUCAGCUCCUGCUUGGGAAAGAGAUAAAAAUUUUAAAGGAACUUCAACAUGAGAAUAUUGUAGCUCUCUAUGAUGUCCAGGAGUUGCCCAAUUCUGUCUUCCUGGUAAUGGAGUAUUGCAACGGAGGAGACUUGGCAGAUUAUUUACAAGCAAAGGGAACCCUGAGUGAGGACACCAUCCGGGUGUUCCUCCAGCAGAUUGCUGCUGCCAUGCGCAUCCUCCACAGCAAAGGGAUCAUUCACAGGGACCUCAAGCCACAGAAUAUCCUGCUGUCAUACACUAACCGCAAGAAGACGAGCAUCGGCAGCAUCCGUGUCAAGAUAGCUGACUUUGGGUUUGCUCGUUACCUCCAGAGCAAUAUGAUGGCUGCCACCCUUUGUGGGUCCCCUAUGUAUAUGGCUCCAGAAGUGAUCAUGUCACAGCACUAUGAUGCUAAAGCCGACUUGUGGAGUAUAGGAACGGUGAUCUAUCAAUGCCUGGUUGGAAAGCCGCCUUUCCAGGCCAACAGCCCUCAAGAUCUAAGAAUGUUUUAUGAGAAGAACAGGAACCUGAUUCCUAGUAUUCCCAGGGAGACAUCAGCUUACUUGGCUGACUUGUUACUGGGCUUGCUUCAGAGAAAUCAGAAAGACAGAAUGGACUUUGAUGCUUUCUUUGGCCACCCUUUCCUUGAUCAGGUUUCGACUGUCAAAAAAUCUUGCCCUGUGCCGGUGCCGACAUACACAGGAUCCGUUUCUGGCAGUUCCUGUAGUAGCUCUCCCUCUUGCCGGUUUGCUUCGCCCCCAUCACUCCCAGAUAUGCAGCACAUCCAGGAAGAUAACCUCUCUUCGCCUCCCUUGGGGCCUCCAAACUACCUUCAGGUCUCCAAAGAUUCCGCCAGCACCAGUAGCAAGAACUCCUCUUGUGACACCGAUGACUUCGUCCUGGUCCCGCACAACAUCGCGGCCGACCAAUCAUACGAUAUGCCUCUGGCAGCUGGGAGCCGGCGGGCCUCAAGCGAAUUCUUAAUGUGCGGUGGGCAGUGUCAGCCUUCAGUCUCCCCCCGCAGUGAAACGGCACCCAUCCCCGUUCCCACUCAGCUGCGUAACUACCAGCGCAUCGAGCAGAAUUUGACCUCUGCUGCCAGCCCUGUCUCAAAUCCCCAUGGAUCACCAAGAUCUGCUGUGGUCCGGCGGUCGAAUACCAGCCCCAUGGGCUUCAUGAAGACAGGCUCCUGUUCCCCAGUGUCGGCGGAUGCUGUGCAAGGUGUGGGACGCAGGCUGUCCAUGGGCUCCUCAAGGCCAUAUUCCCCUUCACCAUUAGUUGGCACCAUACCUGAGCAACUUGGGCACUGCUGUUGUGGGCAGCCGCAAGGACAUGAAGCCAGGAGCCGGAACUCCUCAGGCUCUCCAGCUCCACAAUCUCAGUCUCCGCAGUCUCUCCUCCUAGGAGCUCGGCUACAGAGCGCUCCAACCCUGACCGACAUUUACCAAAACAAACAGAAGCUCCGGAAACAGCACUCGGACCCUGUCUGCCCAUCGUACGCAGGCUACGGCCACUCCACGCAGCCCACCCGGCCCGUCAGCCUGGGGACGUCGCCCACAAAGCACAUGGGGUCCUCGCCCAGGAGCUCCGACUGGCUCUUCAAAACUCCCUUGCCAACCAUCAUUGGCUCUCCCACCAAGGCAACUGCUCCGUUCAAGAUCCCGAAAACCCAGGCGUCCUCUAACUUGGUGGGCCUGGUCAGCCGCCAGGGACCGACAGCAGAAGUCCCGUUGCAGCAGAUGAAAGACGUGAGCGAGAUGAGGGAGUUCUUGCAUUUCCACUCGACCCAGGGAAGCGAGAGGCAGGCGGUGGAACAGCAUGGCAAGGCUCUGUUUGGCAGGUCUGUAAGUACUGGCAAGCUGUCAGACCAGCAAGCAAAGACCAUUCUUGGUGGCCAGCUCUACCAGGGCAGCACGGACAGCCUUAAUACCGAAAGGCCAAUGGAUACAGGGGCCUGUGGCCUCGCAGCAGUGACUCCUUCCGUGGGAGCUGGAACAUGCUCAAGAGCUGUGAUGUUCACCGUGGGCUCCCCUCCGAACAGCUCCACUCCUCCAACCUGCACCCACAUGGUCCUCAGAGCGAGGACGACAUCAGUUGGCUCCAACAGUUCCGGAGGGUCUCUCUGUUCAACCAGCGGCCGCAUCCUGAUGGGCUCCCCACCUGGGGCCUGCAUGAGCUCAUCUCCACCUGGACCAGAGGCAGCGCCGUGCCUGAAGUACAUGUCUUAUGGCACUUCACCACCCAGUUUGGAGGGGUUUAUCACUUUCGAAGCCCCUGAGCUGCCAGAAGAAACUUUGAUGGAGAGAGAGCACACCGACACACUGCGCCACCUGAACUUGAUGCUGGCCUUCACAGAGUGUGUGCUGGACCUGACCGCCAUCCGGGGAGGCAAUCUGGAGCUGUGCUCCUCAGCAGUCUCCCUGUACCAGAUCCAGGAGAGUGUGGUUGUUGAUCAGAUAAGCCAGCUGAGCAAGGAUUGGGGGCAAGUCGAGCAGUUGGUGCUAUACAUGAAAGCGGCCCAGUUAUUGGCAUCAUCCUUGCAUCUGGCCAAAGCUCAGAUCAAAUCAGCAAAACUGAAUUUGUCCACUGCUGUGAAGCAAGUGGUCAAAAACCUGAACGAGAGGUACAAAUUCUGCAUUGCUAUGUGCAAGAAGCUGACGGAAAAGCUGAACCGGUUCUUCUCAGACAAGCAGCGGUUUGUCGAUGAAAUCAACAGUGUCACGGCUGAGAAGCUCAUCUACAGUUGCGCUGUGGAGAUGGUACAGGCAGCAGCCCUGGAUGAGAUGUUUCAGCAGACGGAAGAUAUUGCUUACCGAUACCACAAAGCAGCUUUGCUGCUGGAAGGCCUAGCAAAGAUUUUGCAAGACCCUGUCGAUAUAGAAAACAUCAAUAAAUAUAAGUCUAGUAUCGAACGGAGGCUCUCUGCCUUUUGCUGCAAUGCAGUGGCUGUUUACGAGCAGUAGACACAUCACCUGGGACCACUUUUGCUUCAACCAAAUGGUCAGCCUCGGUUUUACCCAAAUGGUUUUUCAUCUCUGUGGUUGACUACCAAAGAAAAAUGCAAUUAUUUCAGAGAGGAGAAGAAAUCCAAAACAACUCUGUAGGAGACUCGUCUUAUGACUGAUCUGCCCCCUCCCGCCUUCGUUGAGCAACUGGAUUUUGAAAGACUCGUCUUCACAUGUUCAACAAAACUUCCUUUGUGAACAUUCAGCUACGGCUCUUACUUGUCUUUGCACGAAGGCACAAAGAGCCAUUUUCUUUUUCUGCAAGGUGUCCUUUCUGAAAAGGAUCCCUUUUUUGGGACAAAACUUUAGUGUGGAAAUGAGAAAAUGUCGACUUCAAACCUGUGUGUUGUGAAGCUUUUGGGGCUCAGCUGGAUUGGGAUUUGAACUCACAUCUUCUAAUUGUCAUUUGAAAAGCCAUCGAGGAAAAGAGGAAAUGGCACCUUCUUAAAAAGACAGGAAGUUAUGGACCUGGGGACUUUUUCUUUUACCUUUAUGGUGUGGUCUGUUGAGAAUUCCUUAAACUAAUUUUAGCAGUUACUGUGGAUAUACACCCUGGAUGUUUUCUUCUUCUUGACCUUCUCCCUUCCUUAUCCCAACAGUUUAUAUUGCACUAAUUUACUAAAGAAACUCAUCUGUUUGUGAGGAACUAUUAAUUUAAACAAGAAAAGGCACAAGGGGGGAGGGGAGUUUAAUUUUACUGCAUACAAGGAAACACACACAGCGGCGGCGGCAGCAACGACAGAGAGAACCAGACUUUGCCAGAACGACAGUGUGCAGCCUCUUCGGAGACUUCCAGACAGAGCGGCACAAAAUGCCUUCCCUUGGGCGUUCCUGUUUGAUACCAGUUUUCCUAAUACUUCAGUAACUCUGCCGUUUUACGGUCUCUUCUCAAUCACAUUUGAAAUAGAUGAGGGCUUCCUACACCCCCCCCCCCCCCCCACUGAAUAAAGGUUUGGUUGCUUCGUUUUGUCAUCAAACCAGUUUCUCCCAUCCUGGUAUUUUUCCCCCCGUCUGUGUUAGACAGUUUUGGACGUUUCCUUAUAGAGCUACACAAGACCCCUUAGAGGUCCAAGGUUAGGAAUUUAGAUGUUGUGGUGUGGAUCUUUUCUUUCUUUCUUUUCUUUCUACAAAUAGCAAAGUGUCAAAAAGUCAGGGUGGUUUUCUGUGCCAUAAACAAGGAAAGACAGAAAACUGCUCCGUGCUGGUUCCUUUUUAGAUCUUUGUUUCUACUGGCCAUCCCUUCUGAUGGCAUAGCAAUUCACAAAGUAUUUUAGGCGGCUUAGUUUCUCUGGAAAUGAUCUCUCUUGAUUUUGAGAGAGGGGUUUUUUUGCUUUUAAUUGGUUUUAACUCAACUGCUUGAACACUUGAAUACACACCAUUCUACAGAAUGAAAUCAUUUUGUACCUUAUUUUUGCCAGCCUGACCUCCUCUGCAAGGGGGUUGCUGUCAUCAAAGCUUGGUCAGAUUUCAUGAACUGAUAAGAACCCUAUCCUCUCCCCCCCCCCCCCACACACACACCUUUUUUUUUUGCUUUGACGGAGUAAUGUACUUUUUACCUUAUUUAUCUGUACAAGAAAUUCCAGCAGUUAAUUUGAAAAGUGUUUUUAUUUAUAUGAUAUUUGUAUUUUGAAGUCUUUAAUACAGUGUUUCUACUACCUCUCCUUUGUAACUGCAUGCGUUUAUUCCUGAUCUAUAGUGUAAUAACUGAAAAAAAUAAAACCUGUUGCAUAAUUUUUACUAUGGCCCUGUAUAAAUGUAUAUUAAGAUAAAAAUAAACAAACUGAUACUCAAGAAGUAUAUCUGUGAUGUAUAUCGAGGGGGUUGAAAAGUCAGGAAAAGGGUUUCGAUGAGAGCAAAACCUACACUGGCCCGGCCCUUGUUGGUUGUAAAUCCUGUGGGGGAAGACCUGCUUUGCCCUGGGGGGUCCCAGGUUGAGUCUCCAAGGCUGAGGAAGGCCCCUUAUCUUAAGAACUGCACCUGGAGCCCUGCUGUCCCAUUAAUUGUCCUUGAACCUGAGACUUGCUGUAUGCAAAGCAAGUGCUCUUUCCCUGAGCUGCUUCCAGUCAAAGACAGCAGCUACAAGUCUCUCUAUUGGUCCAUUAGAAAAAGCAAAAAUAUGGUCAGUGCCUAGCAGUCUCUCCAAAAAUGUUCAUUAGAAUCCCUUCGAAGAUAGAUGCAUUGAUUUUGGGUUCUUGGUAAAAUUUGGUAAUGGAAAUUUCUGUAAAAGGCUAAACCACCCUGAAUAUCAGCACAUGUUAUAUAGAGAGACAAC